AUGUCGAUACCAAGAAUGAGAGCCUUCAUCGUCCUCGCCCUGAUCGCCGCGGCCUCGGCCGACGUGUCCCACCUCUUCAACAGGCCCGGCCAGCCGCAGCGCCACCAGCCCUCCGGCGGCCCUGACGCCCAAGCUGAGGUCUUGCAGCAGUCGGUCGACGUGAGGCCUGAUGGCUACGAAUCCAGCUUCCAGACUAGCAAUGGCAUCUCUGCUCAGGAGUCGGGACAGCUGAAGAGCCUUGGACCUAAGGAGGAGGCGAUAGUUGUAUCCGGGCAAUACCAGUACACCGCUGAGGACGGCACUCCAAUCCAGGUCUCCUACACUGCCGACGAAAAUGGAUACAACCCUCAGGGUGCUCACCUCCCCACCCCUCACCCGAUCCCUGAAGCCAUCGCCCGCGCCAUCGCUUACAAUGCCGCGCACCCCCAAGCCCCAGAACCCCAGCAAGGCCAAAAGAGGUUCUAAGUGAUUGAAACACCAGAACUUUAAUGAAAUA